AUGUGGUUUAAUCGUGCAAAGUUAGUGGUACUGACUGUAAUCGUCGGAAUAUUAAGCGUUACCAAAUCCUAUCGAUACAAAACCGAGUAUGAGGAUGAAGAUUUAUUCAGCGAUUGCCCAAAUCAACCGGAGAGUGUACUCAAUCUUCAUGGACUUGCAAAUUUAUCAGAGAUAACCAGAGUCUCACAUCACAAUCUUGUACAAGUAUCGGGAAAUUUUACGUUGGUAUGGGAUAUUCAAAAAACGGAUCGUAUUGAGGCUACUUUAGAUGUUUUCAAAUAUGAACGCCGAGAGUGGGUACCAACUCUUUACAGGAUACAAACACCUCAUUUGUGUUCAAUACUGUUUGAUAAGAAUCAAUAUUGGUAUCCAAUGUGGAUUCAACAUGUAACGAAUAUCGAGGAAGUAAAGGACAAGUGCUUUAAUGUUCCAGGGACGAAGUACAUACAUGAAACCUUCGAUAUGCAUCUUGAAUUCGAAAAUAAAAUGGGAAAUAUAGAAGGACAACAUAAACUACAAUUUGUGCUAAAAGCAUUUGAUCAGUUAAACAGGAUGCGUCCAACUUCCAUAUGUUUUGCAAUGAUAAUAAACUAUGUAAGACUAUCCCAAAAGUCCCGAAAAUAA